GAGAGCGAGAGAGGUUUCGGAGGGCGUGUAGCGUCGCGGCGUUCGGCGUGCCCAUAGGAUAGUGGAAGAAGAAGCGACGGAGUCGUAGUUUCGCAGCGAGACGUCUCGUUUCGGCGCGCGCCGCCGGCACGCACCGCCACCGCCUGCCUUUUCUAUUUAUUUAUUUAUUUUUGAGGGUUUUUACGUCGGUUUAAUGGCUGGAGGAGGAGCCCGUGGAAACCUUCUUGAUCCGGCGGCCGCCGAGUUUCGACCGGAGACCGCUCACCGGUUCGCCGUCCUCGCUUCCUGCCACCAGUUGCACUAUCCGUUGCCGCCUCCCCCGCCGCCUCAGGUUCCCUCGGUGUUGGCUUCGAGGGCGGUGAUGAUAAGCAUGGUGCCCCGGCACUUGGGUGAGGCGGAGGUGAGAGCCGCGAUGGAGGCGUUCGGCAGGGUGCAGGCGGUCGAUGUGGGGGCUCUCGCGGCGGAGGGCGUCGUCAUCGUGCACUACUACGACCUGAGGAGCGCGCAGGCGGUAGUGGCGGCGGCGGCUCACGGGCUGGUUUAUCUCUCCGGCGGAUGGGGCUGGUUCGGCGGUUGGGGCGUCGGUGCGAACCACUUCUCGGCGAUUUGGGCUCAGUUUGCGGCGGCGGCGAUCGACGAGCCCAACCAGGGAUUCAUCUUCGUGCUUAAUUCGGAUUCGGCGUUUUCCUGCACCGCCCUCGCCCAAAUCUUCGGAGCAUUCGGAGUUCUCAAGGACGUGAAGGUGGUUCCAUCGAAGCAGCAGCACCUCGUGCUGGUGGAGUUCUACGACAAAAGGGACGCCGGCCGCGCUAUGUUAGAGCUCAACGGCAAAGAGAUCGACGGAAGACGGCUGUUUCUCCAAUUCGGAGCGACUGAAACCCAAACAAUCAGAAGCAACACUCUCCGAAACGAGAAGAAUCGCGAGGUCUCAUUGCCUCCGAGGCUCGCGCGAGGGAGUCUCAAGGACGGCAGAUGGCUGCAGAGCAGUGAACUCCGGCAAGUCGGGAAGCCGGCGCCAUGUUUUGUGAACGCAGCCAAGCCCAGCGCUAAGACCAGCCACAGCGCCAUUGUCAGCGCGGAGAAAUGGAGCAGGAAGUCACUCCGCCAGAACCACUGCUACGUCCCGUCACCGCCGCCGUCGUCGCCGCAAGAGCCGUCGACCAGCAAAAGAAGGGGUAAUUGGAAGAAAUUUACCAAGACCAAAGAGGAGGAUUCCGGCAGGUUUCUCUUCAAGGAAAUCGACACAGAGGCAUCUCGCCAGCUUUCUCCUCGCAGGGACUCGAGAACCACCGUCAUGAUCAAGAACAUCCCCAACAAGUAUAGUCAGAAGCUGCUCUUGAGCUUGCUGGACGACCACUGCGUCGAAUGCAACGAUAAGAUCAGAGACAGCAAAGAGGACGAGCCUUACUCCGCCUACGACUUUCUCUAUCUCCCCAUCGAUUUCAACAACAAGUGCAACAUGGGGUACGGGUUCGUGAACUUGACGUCGCCGGCGGCCGCCCUCCGCCUCUACAGAUCCUUCCACCGGCAGCCAUGGCAGGCCUUCAACUCCCGCAAGAUCUGCCAAGUCACAUACGCUCGUUUGCAGGGAUUGGAAGCGCUGAAGGAGCACUUCCGGAGCUCCAGGUUCACCUGUGACUGCGAUGAGUUCAUGCCGGCAGUCUUCUAUCCUCCACGCGAUGGCGAAAAGCUCACCGAACCGGUCCCUGUCGCCGGCAGGCGUGCCAGGGCUACUGAGGACGGUAAUUCUAGAUGAGACAAGGAAGGAUGUUGCAGUCGAUAUAGAUGAAUGUGUUCUGUUGUUUACUUCCAACUCGUUGAAACAUUUGCUUAGGCCAAA